CUAAGACUAGAUGGUACUUUGAUGGAAGAAAGGGUUAAUCAGCUCCCUGACAUAGUCUUUGGUCAGCCACUUCGUAAACAUUCAAUUGUAGGAUUUGGUGUUUUUCAUAAUUGGGUGAAACGUAGUAUAUUUUGGGAAUUGCCAUACUGGAAGGAUUUAUUGAUUCGUCAUAACCUUGAUGUCAUGCAUUGUGAGAAGAAUUUUUUAGAUAACAUUAAAAAUACUGUCAUGGAUGACAAGGGUUGUACGAAAGAUAACACCAAUGCUAGAUUGGAUUUGCAACUAUAUUGUAAUAGAUCUGAAUUAGAAUUGAUACCUCAAGAUGAUAGAACAGCUAUAAAACCCAAUGCUUCAUAUGUUCUUAGUCGAGAGCAACGAGCUCUUAUUUGUCAGUGGCUGAAGGAAUUGAGAUUCCCAGAUGGGUAUGCAUCCAACAUAGCACGAUGUGUUAACAUGCAGGAACUUCGAUUGUUUGGGAUGGAAAGUCAUUAUUGUCAUGUAUUCAUGCAGCGUCUCUUGCCAAUUGCUUUCUGUGAUUUCCUCGUAGAUGAAGUUUGGGGUCCCUUAACUGAGAUGAGUAACUUUUUUAGAGCUUUAACUGCUCUGAUUAUUCACGUCAAUAACAUGGAGAUGUGGGAGGAAAAAAUUAUUCAGACCAUUUGCAAGUUAGAGAAAGUAUUCCCGCCAGCAUUCUUUGACUCGAUGGAGCAUUUGGCUAUCCAUCUACCAUAUGAGGCAAAAGUUGGAGGACCUGUCCAAUUUCGUUGGAUGCCUUUUGAUUAUCAAGUAUGUUCUGGUCUAUCAGAGGAUCAAAUUCAAAUCAAACGGCAACUUGAAUUUAUUCCUUGGUUUAAGACAACGAGGACAUAUUAUUGGGAAGAGGAUGAUGCUCGUGUGUAUAAAGUCUGGAGAUUACAUUGUCGAAACCAUUUUCGAGACGAGCUUCAUCGAGCUCGAAAGGCAUGGGUCAGGGACAAGAAGUUGCCUGAGUUCAUGCAUAAGGAUACCUUUAAAAUUUUGUUGGCAAAAUGGAGGAGUCCAAAAUAUAUUGCACUCCAGGAAAGAGGUCGGCAAAACCAAUCAAAGGGUGAUCGUGUGACCCACACAAUUAGAUGCCUUUCUAUUGGGAUCCAUGAGGAUCGACUGGCAGCUAAAAGAGGAGGAGUUAGGCCUACACCUUUAGAGUCGUACUUGUUGACUCAUACGACUCGCCGACCUGAUGCUCCAGAAGAUGCCCCACCCACUUGGAUAUGUCCACAGGUUGAGCAGACAUAUCUCAUAAUUAUUUUUCAUUUGAUUUCCCAUUAUCAUUUGAAAUUACUAACUAACGAAAAUUUUAUUUUUGAAACAAAACGAUGCUCACCAAAAAUAUGUGGAGAAGCAUGGGCCAAACAAGGAUUCAUGGCCAGAAUGGGAUCCACUUAUCUGGAAGGAGGUGGUUGGACCUCCUAAAAAGGGUCAGAUGAGAGGGAUGUCUACAUUACAGGAUCCAGCAGAACAUGGCAUCCCUUGGUGACGGUAUGACAUGAGUGACGCCUCCUCUCCUACCACCAAGAUUCUUACGACACAGGUUCAGCAAUUACAGUCUGAGCUUACUCAAGUUCAAGAAGAAAUGACUGAGAGAGUUCAGACAGAGGUGGCCGCACGUAUUCAUAUAGAGAUAUCACAGAGAGUAUGAGAGAUGGAGGCCAGCUUUGAGAGGAGAUUUCAAGAGCACAUGCGCUUACUUAGCCAGCAGUAUUCUAUGAAUGCUACACAACCCUAGACUGGUUAUCCUUCUUUUGCACCACCCCAGACUGCUGAUCCUUCUUUUGAAGGAUUUAGACCUGAUCACUUCCCACCUCAUAGUUAGAGACAUUGAUAUUUGAAACUUAUAUUAUAUAUGUUUAUAUAUAUGUACUGCAUAUGUGGAUAUAUGGUAUGCAGGAUGAAAAGUUAAUAUAUAUUUUAUUAACUU